AAAUACAGUACUUGAAAAGUAGAAGGAAAAAAAGUUAGACUAUUUUUUAAAAACAAAAAGUAUUUGGAAGAGCUCUAAAAUGUUUCAGAGCUUAAAUUUUUUGAAUCGAGUAUCAUAGCUUUCAAUCUCUAUAUAAGCUGCCUUUAACUUGAUCAUGUGAAAAUGUAGAUUGGACUUGAAUUGCUCUGUUGCCUCAGAUGAAUUUAUCAUCUGUUAAAUGCAUUACAUCACUAGUAAGCAAAGGGCCAAUACCGCUACUGUUCCACGAGCUUCAAAAAACAGCCCCCAAAAUCUCUGAAUUUAUAAUCUCCCAACUCCUAAAAUCUUGCGGCAAAAUCACUGCUCUUGAAGAAGGAAGCCAAGUUCACUGCUUAAUCCUGAAACAUGGGUUCAAUCAAGACAUGAUCAUAAUGACCUCUCUGCUCGACAUGUACUCAAAAUGCAGCAGUAUCAAUGAUGCUGAGAAUGUGUUUGUUGAAAUGCCUGAGAGAGAUAUUGUGGCAACCAACAGCAUGAUUCAUGGGCUGUGUCGGUCUGGUUCGACAUCAAAGGCAGUCAAAAUGUUUAAUAACAUGGAUGAACGCGAUGAAGGGUCUUGGAAUUCGUUAAUUUCGGGGCUUUCGUGUAAUUUGGAGGGGGAUAUUGCAUUGGAUUUUUAUGAGAGAAUGAGACUAGAGGGAGUAAAAGUUGAUGUUAUUACUAUGGUCAGUGUUCUUUCGAUUUGUGCUGAUCUUGCAGCGUUGAGUAACGGUAGAAAGAUUCAUGGGUUGGUGGUUAAAUUUGGGUUUGAGUUGUUUUUACCAGUUGGAAAUGCAAUUGUUGACAUGUAUGCUAAAUGUGGGAGCAUGGAGAAUGCUUGUGUGUGUUUUAACCAUAUGGCUGUUAAAAAUGUGGUUUCUUGGACUUGUUUAAUUGUCGGUUACGGAAAGCACGGACGAGGAAUUGAAGCUCUCAAGGCACUUGAUGCGAUGGAGAGCGAGCAAGUUGUGCCUAACAAGAUUACGUUCUUGGGUGCAUUGUACGCUUGUAGUCAUGCAGGAUUAGUACAAGAAGGAUGGAGGAUUUUCAAUAUAAUGAUGUAUAAGUACUCGAUAACGCCCAUUAUGGAGCAUUAUACUUGCAUGGUUGAUCUUCUUGCUCGAGCUGGCCGCCUCGAUGAUGCCUACAAUUUCAUGGAAAAGAUGCCUGUAAAACCAGAUGCUAGGUUUUUGACUGCAUUUCUUAGUUCUUGCUGUUCAUUCAUGAACGUAGAGUUAGCAAAGAGCGUUGGCGAUAGGUUACUUCAAUUAGUCCCUCAAGAAGCAGGAGCUUACAUGCUGCUGUCCAACUUUUACGGGCUUGUAGGCGACUCGGAACGCGUAGCAAAUGUGAGGAGACUAAUGCUAAAGCGUGGAAUAAGGAAACAGAAGGCGUAUACGAUGAUUGAGAUUGAUAGAAAGGUCCAUAGUUUUGAAUCAGGAGAUAGAUCCCAUCCUCUUAGCCGUAAAAUCUACAGUUGUCUGCAUAAUGUGGUUAAAAAGAUGAAGAAGAUUGGAUAUGUGCCUAACACCAGCAUGGUGAUGCAAAAUGUAGAUGAUGAUGCCAAGGAAGAGAUAGUUCUAGGCCAUAGUGAGAAACUGGCUAUUGGACUUGCUUUAAUCAGCACACCACCAGGAACCCCUAUUACAUUUGUUAAGAAUCUUAGAGUGUGUGUAGACUGCCAUAUAGCAACAGCAUUAAUCUCCAAAAUUGAAGACAGGGAGAUUAUUGCAAGAGAUUCUAACCGAUUUCACCAUUUCAAAGAUGGACUAUGCUCUUGCGGAAACCAGUGGUGAUCUAUUGGGAUGUUUAAAAACCGAACCAAACUGAUAAAAUUUCGUCCGGUUCGGCAUAAAAACAAAAUCAGUUUUGUAAAGGACUUAAGUUCAA